UGUCGGUAAAAAACCUAAUACAGAUGUCUUUCGUUUCUUUCGGUUUGUGAUAAGUUCUUUUCCGGCGUCAAACUAGUGAUAAAUGUUCCAUUGAUUGUGACUGUUUUUUCACUACUGGAAAUGAAGAUCUUGUUGAGCAUUGUUCUGGCACUGCCACUAAUCGAACUGAUCUGCUGUACGCUAUCUCCGUCGGAUGUGAAAAACAAAAACAAAAAACCCAAAGAACUGAAGGUAAAGCAAGGUCCACAACCAAGCAGCGUAUUUGAGCGAGGUCUCGUCCAGGAAGAACCAUCGGCUAAGGAUAUUCUGGUAGAAAACGGUGCCUAUUACGAGGAAACGUCACUGAAAAAUUUCAAAGGAACUGUUCUUGGUUACGUUACACCGUGGAACAACCACGGAUAUGACGUGGCUAAAAUUUGGGGUGCCAAAUUCAACUACGUUUCACCGGUGUGGCUGCAAAUACUAAGAAAAGGACCCAAACAGUACGAACUGGGUGGAACGCAUGAUAUCGAUGCAGGUUGGGUCAAAGAUGUUAAGCAGGCUGGUGAAGCGAUUCAGAAUAGAGUGGUUCCCCGUAUUUUAUUUGAUAAAUUCGCCGACAAUGACUUCAUCCAGCUGCUGACCUAUAGCGAGGAGCGAACCAUCGCUGCAAAAUUGAUCCUUAACACCGUGAGGAAGUACAAAUUUGACGGAAUAGUGCUGGAAGUAUGGUCACAACUUUCGGCUCGAGUAGAGGACAAGUAUCUUGUCGCUCUGGUAACGGAAAUCUGUCAAAUGUUGUCAAGUUCUAACUACGACUGCAUACUGGUGAUUCCUCCAGCCCGUAAGGAAACCUACGAUCUGUUCUCCCGGAAGCAUUUUGAGACGUUGGUACCGGUUGUGACGGCCUUUUCGUUGAUGACUUACGACUUUUCGAGUGUGCAAAGACCAGGAGCAAAUGCUCCGCUUUACUGGGUUAAAAACGCCGUGAAACACAUCUGUCCGGACACCGCGGAUGAUUUGAAACAGAAACGGGCAAAAAUUUUACUCGGAUUGAACCUGUACGGAAGUGAUUUCACUCCCAACGGUGGACAGCCCAUCAUCUCGCACGAGUAUUUAGCUCUGGUGAUGCAUCUGAAAGGUCAUCUCACGUACGAUGAGCAUGAUGUUGAAAACUUCUUCGAAGUGAAAACUUCCACUGGACGCCACAUGGUAUUCUAUCCUACGCUCAAUUCCAUCAAUGCUCGACUGAAAUUGACCCAAGAGCUUGGCACAGGGAUAUCCUUGUGGGAGUUAGGGCAAGGGUUGGAUUAUUUUUAUGAUCUAUUCUAG